GCUCAGUGGAGGUUCAUGCAAGAGGAGUGGCCAGCUAUAAAGAAAGCCAAGUUUCAUCGCACAGAGAUGAAAGAGAUAUCUGACGUAACACACGUCAAGUCAAUGGUGCUUGACCGUCUAGGAUUCAUCCCUACGUUCUUUUUUCUGACACAAGUAUUUGGGGUGCGUGACUAUGGUAGCCCAUAUCGUAAUGUCGAAAAGGGUCUGCUGCUCCUGUAUGCGCUGAUCACAGGAGAUUCAUUGUCUACAAUGUAGACAGACAUGACACAAGAGUCAGCUACAUCGGUGCUGACGAGCUAAGUCUCUACUCUUAUAAACUCAAGAAGUCGGGUUUUCGUAUUCAAGUGUGUUCAGACAUGAACAAUAUCAUACUGUUUGCAUCCAAGCCAGCUCCUUGUCGAGAUUUCAAUGAUGGGACUAUGCUUGUGAAGAUGAACAUUGCAUCGCACAUACACAAGCUGGACUGUGUUGCUCUUGGCGGUGGCUACAGUGCGUUCGUUAGACAACUUGUCGAACCAUCAGAUGUACUGUCCUACGAGAAUUUCUCUUAUCCUGCGCGCAAGACUAGAGGGAUCGCCAUGACAGACCAAGAG